AGAUAGAUGCAUGUUAUAUGCCCUGUACAACAUAUAUCUGAUGGUGUGUUUUAACAAACCGAGAGAUGAGAGGAGCUGCUAUGGGUUCAACAGCUGCAACAAGUGGAUUUGUUGUCCUCUUUCUCUCCAUGACAGUGGCACAAAGCAGGAACAGGGUAACUUACAUAUCUGCUCAGAUCUGUGCCGUGAGAGGAUCAACAGUGGACUUACGUGUCAUCUGCAGACAGCCGUCCGCAGUAAAAAGGCGUCCUGUCCCAGUGGAGAACAUUAUAUGGUUUACUGAAAUGCAGGAAGACAGCCCUGUGGAUCUGAGGACAGACUCUGAGUACGCAGGUCGUGUGAAGUAUUACUGUGAUAUGAUGACCUGCACUUUAAGAAUCACAGACCUGAGAGAGAGCGACUCUGCGGAGUACAAGUUCAGGUUCAAACACAGACGAGUCGGGAGAUUGAAAGGUUCACCUGGAGUCACUUUAUCUGUCACAGAUCCAGAUCUCCAGGUGCAGGUGAGAAGAUGGUAUUUAACCUGGGCUCAGCAGUUUUGUCAAAGCACUUGUCAUCUACCUGAUCGUCCAUCCUACAUCUGGUAUAAGAAUGGGCAGAAAAUUCAGGAGGAAACGUCAUCUUCAUAUUCAGACUAUGUAGAUCCUGCAGACAGUUAUUCCUGUGCUGUGAAAGGACAUGCGGAUGUCUCUGCUCCUCCAGUGUGUGUUUUUGGUCAAAUCUGCAACAGAGUGACAUACACAGCCAGAAGUAUCUGCGUCUCUAAUGGCUCAUCAUUGGACAUUUCUUGCACGUAUAACAGUUACGAAGAUCAAGUUGAAUCUGCGUUCUGGUUCAGUCCUGAGCGUAGUUCUCAGUGGCAGAAUCCUUCCCAGCCUGGAGACCUUAGUAAAGACUCCCAGUAUGAAGGUCGUGUUCAGGUAGAAACAGAGAGAGGACGCUCCACUCUUAGAAUCUCUGACCUGAGAGAGAGCGACUCAGCUGAGUAUCACUUCAAGUUCAUAACACCAAGCUUUGAAUGGAGGAGCAGUUUACCUGGAACAACUCUGACUGUCACAGCUCUGCAGGUGCAGGUGAUAAGACUAACAGUCAAGCAGUAUGGGACCUAUGCAGAGCUGAAGUGUCUCAGCAGCUGCAGUCCAGCUGGUCCUCUCUCCUACGUCUGGUUUAAUAAUGGAAGACACAUAACCCGGGUGAAGACAUCUACCAUUACAGUCUGGUUUGAUCCCUCAGACGUCUUCUCCUGUGCGUUGAAAGGACAUGAGAAGUCCCCCUCUCCUUCAGUGUUGGUACAGGGUCAGGAGGACUGGGGGGUGACUUACACCUCUACUCACAUCUGUGCUGUUAAAGGAUCAACAGUGGACAUAACCUGCAGCUACAAAUACCCAUCCUGGGGGAAAGACAGUACUACUACAGUUAAGACAAAGUUAUGGUUUACUAAAAUGAAUAAUCAUGAACCUGUAGAUCUGAUAACUGACUCAGAAUAUUCAGGUCGUGUGCAGUACAGUGAUAAUGAGAAGAGCUACACUCUGAGAAUCUCAGACCUGAGAGAGAGAGACUCAGCUGAGUACAAGUUCAUGUUCACAACAAACCAAGAAGGAGGAAGAUAUACUGGUCAUCCUGGAGUCACUUUGUCUGUUACAGCUCUGCAGGUGCAGGUGAUCAGACUAACAGUCAAGCAGUCUCGGACCUAUGCAGAGCUGAAGUGUCUCAGCAGCUGCAGUCCAGCUGGUCCUCUCCCCUACGUCUGGUUUAAUAAUGGAAGACACAUUACCCGGGUGAAGACAUCUACCAUUACAGUCUGGUUUGAUCCCUCAGACGUCUUCUCCUGUGCGUUGAAAGGACACGAGAAGUCCCCCUCUCCUUCAGUGUUGAUACAGGGUCAGGAGGACUGGGGGGUGACUUACACCUCUACACACAUCUGUGCUGUUAAAGGAUCAACAGUGGACAUAACCUGCAGCUACACAUACCCAUCCAGUAUAAAUGCUACAGUUGAGAGAAGAUUCUGGUUCACUAAGUUGCAGGAUGAAGAGCCCGUGGAUCUAAGAACAGACUCAAAAUAUUCAGGUCGUGUGCAGUACAUUUGUAAAAAGAAAAGCUGCACUCUGAGAAUCUCAGACCUGAGAGAGACCGACUCAGCUGAAUACAAGUUCAGGUUCACAACAAACCAAGAAGGAGGAAGAUAUACUGGUUCACCUGGAGUCACUUUGUCUGUCACAGUUCCAGACUUCCAGGUGCAGGUGACAAGAUCAUCGAGCCAGGCAGAGCUGAGGUGUCACAGCAGCUGUAAUGUUAAUAAUCCUUCAUAUGUCUGGUUCAAUAAUGGACAGAAAAUGUAUGGAGAAAGAUCUCUCAGAGUCUAUGUUGAAGAUAACAACAGCUAUUACAACAGCUAUUCCUGUGCUGUUACAGGAUAUGAAGAUCACAGAUCUCCUCCAGUGUAUGGUCCAAAGCGUCCCUCUGUGUCAGUGAGUCCCUCUGCUGAGAUAGUGGAGGGCAGGUCAGUGACUCUGACCUGUAGCAGUGAUGCUAACCCAGCAGCUAUCUACACCUGGUACAAGGAGAAUGUAAAGGUCAAACCUCCCAGUGAAGAUCCACAGCUCGUCUUCAGCUCCAUCCUGUCCUCUGACUCUGGACAGUAUUACUGUACAGCUGAGAACGAGCUGGGGACGAAGACAUCUCAAUACAGGUCUAUUGAUGUGAAAUAUGGUCCAAAGGUUGUCUCCCUGUCUCUGACUCCCACUGGGGACAUCAGGGAGAACAGUAGAGUGACUCUGACCUGUAGCAGUGAUGCUAACCCAGCAGCUACUUAUACCUGGUACAAGAAUGGUAACCCUCGUAAUAAAAAUACACAGCUUGUCUUCAGCUCCAUCAAGUCCUCUGACUCUGGACAGUAUUACUGUGUUGCUGAAAACAAGUUGGGGAGGAGGACAUCUAAAUCCAUCUCUAUUGAUGUGAAAUAUGGUCCAAAGCGUCCCUCUGUGUCAGUGAGUCCCUCUGCUGAGAUAGUGGAGGGCAGUUCAGUGACUCUGACCUGUAGCAGUCAUGCUAACCCAGCAGCUAAAUACACCUGGUACAAGGAGAAUGUAAAGGUCAAGCCUCCCAGUGAAGGACCACAGCUCGUCUUCAGCUCCAUCCUGUCCUCUGACUCUGGACAGUAUUACUGUAGAGCUGAGAACGAGCUGGGGACGAAGACAUCUCAAUACAAAUCUAUUGAUGUGAAAUAUGGUCCAAAGGUUGUCUCCCUGUCUCUGACUCCCACUGGGGACAUCAGGGAGAACAGUAGAGUGACUCUGACCUGUAGCAGUGAUGCUAACCCAGCAGCUACUUAUACCUGGUACAAGAAUGGUAUCCCUCGUAAUAAAAAUACACAGCUUGUCUUCAGCUCCAUCCAGUCCUCUGACUCUGGACAGUAUUACUGUGUUGCUGAAAACAAGCUGGGGAGGAGGACAUCUAAAUCCAUCUCUAUUGAUGUGAAAUAUGGUCCAAAGCGUCCCUCUGUGUCAGUGAGUCGCUCUGCUGAGAUAGUGGAGGGCAGUUCAGUGACUCUGACCUGUAGCAGUGAUGCUAACCCAGCAGCUAACUACACCUGGUACAAGGAGAACCAAACACUGCUUCAUGGACCAGAAGGAAGUUAUAAUUUCACCUCCAUCAGAGCUGAGGACAGUGGGAACUACUACUGCAAGUCUGAGAAUCAGUUUGGACAGUCGAACUCUUCUGUAUUUGUAGAUGUUCAGUAUGGUCCAAAGCGCCCCUCUGUGUCAGUGAGUCCCUCUGCUGAGAUAGUGGAGGGCAGUUCAGUGAAUCUGACCUGUAGCAGUGAUGCUAACCCAGCAGCUAACUACACCUGGUACAAGGAGAAUGAAGACUCACCAAAAGCAUCAGGACAGAUCUUCACCAUCACUGAUGUUAGACCUGAACACAGUGGGGAUUAUUCCUGUGAAGCCCAGAACAGAAGAGGACGUCAGAGCUCCACCUUACAUCUGACUGUUGUAGCAGGAUCCUGGAAAUUAACAGUUGCUGCCACAGUCCCUGCUAUUUUUCUCACCAUCAUAUUCAUCUCUCUGUUCUUAUGGAUCAUAAAGAAGAGAUCCUCCAAGCAACCGUCUGAGCCUGGAGAGAGACCAGACAACAGGGAUCAGAUGCAACUAGCAGAGCAGCACAAUGAACUUCCCUAUGCCAGUAUCCACUUUCCCAAAAAACCAGCUCGCCCCAGAAGACACAAAGAAGUAGAGAAGGUCGUGUACGCUGCUGUAAAGUUUAAGAGUGCCAGCCCAGCCCCGAGCAACGACACAUCUUCAGAGCCCCCUGAUGUUAUUUAUGAAGCGGUCCGGGAAUCUGCGGAGGAUCCAGAUGCGUUGUACAGCACAGUCGACAAAAAGAGGAAUCUCUACGAUGGGCUCGAUAAGGUAAAAUCCCUGAGGCUGAUCCAGGGACAAGUGAGCCAUGUGAUACAGGGUCAGGAUAGCUGGGGGGUGACUUACACCUCUGAGGAGAUCUGUGCUGUUAAAGGAUCAACAGUGGACAUAACCUGCAGCUACACAUACCCACCCUCUGUAAUAGCAGUUACAGAAUCAUUCUGGCAUCUUGGAAAUGGUGUGGAUCUAAAAGGAGUCUUGGACUACAAAGACCGUGUGCAGUAUAACUGUGGGAACAACAAAAACUGCACUUCAGCUCCCCAGAUGCAGGUGAACAAAGUAACAUUCAAUCAGUCUAUUACCAAAGCAGAGCUGAGUUGUCAUAGCAAGUGCAGUUCUUACACCUGGAUCAAGAAUGGACAGAAAGUUCCUGGAGAAGCUUCUUCUUACACGGCCUAUUUGAAUCCUGGAGACAGCAUCUCCUGUGCUUUGAAGGGACAGGAAAUAUACCACACUCCUUCACUGUAUGCUCCAGAUGUUCCCUCUGUGUUAGUGCGUCCCUCUGGUGACAUCAUGGAGGGCAGUUCAGUGAAUCUGACCUGUAGCAGUGAUGCUAAUAUUGUAGCUAAUUAUACCUGGUACAAGGAGAUUCCUAAUCAAAAAGAAAAACCUCUCAGUGAAGGACCACAGCUCGUCUUCAUCUCCAUCCUGUCCUCUGACUCUGGACAGUACUACUGUACAGCUGAGAACGAGCUGGGGAGGAGGACAUCCGCAAACAUUUUUAUUAAUGUCAAAUAUGGUCCAAAGCGUCCCUCUGUGUCAGUGAGUCCCUCUGCUGAGAUAGUGGAGGGCAGGUCAGUGACUCUGACCUGUAGCAGUGAUGCUAACCCAGCAACUAACUACACCUGGUACAAGGAGAAUGUAAAGGUCAAACCUCCCAGAGCAGGACCACAGCUCGUCUUCAGCUCCAUCCUGUCCUCUGACUCUGGACAGUAUUACUGUAGAGCUGAGAACAAGUUGGGGAGGAGGACAUCUAAAUCCAUCUCUAUUAAUGUGAAAUAUGGUCCAAAGCGUCUCUCUGUGUCAGUGAGUCCCUCUGCUGAGAUAGUGGAGGGCAGGUCAGUGACUCUGACCUGUAGCAGUGAUGCUAACCCAGCAGCUAUCUACACCUGGUACAAGGAGAAUGUAAAGGUCAAACCUCCCAGAGAAGGACCACAGCUCGUCUUCAGCUCCAUCCUGUCCUCUGACUCUGGACAGUAUUACUGUAGAGCUGAGAACGAGCUGGGGACGAAGACAUCUCCAUACACAUCUGUUGAUGUGAAAUAUGGUCCAAAGCGUCCCUCUGUGUCAGUGAGUCCCUCUGCUGAGAUAGUGGAGGGCAGUUCAGUGACUCUGACCUGUAGCAGUGAUGCUAACCCAGCAGCUAACUACACCUGGUACAAGGAGAACCAAACCCUGCUUCAUGGACCAGAAGGAAGUUAUAAUUUCACCUCCAUCAGAUCUGAGGACAGAGGGAACUACUACUGCAAGUCUGAGAAUCAGUUUGGACACAUCAACUCUACAUCUGUGUUCAUAGAUGUCCAGUAUGGUCCAAAGCGUCCCUCUGUGUCAGUGAGUCCCUCUGCUGAGAUAGUGGAGGGCAGUUCAGUGACUCUGACCUGUAGCAGUGAUGCAAACCCAGCAGCUAACUACACCUGGUACAAGAAGAAUGUCCUCAGUGAAGGACCACUGCUCGUCUUCAUCUCCAUCCAGUCCUCUGAAUCUGGACAGUAUUACUGUACAGCUGAGAAUAUGCUGGGGAGGAGGACAUCAGCAAACAUUUCUAUUAAUGUCAAAUAUGGUCCAAAGCGUCCCUCUGUGUCAGUGAGUCCCUCUGCUGAGAUAGUGGAGGGCGGUUCAGUGACUCUGACCUGUAGCAGUGAUGCUAACCCAGCAGCUAACUACACCUGGUACAAGGAGAACCAAACACUGCUUCAUGGACCAGAAGGAAGUUAUCAUUUCACCUCCAUCAGAUCUGAGGACAGAGGGAACUACUACUGCAAGUCUGAGAAUCAAUAUGGACUGAUUAACUCCUCAUCUCUAUCUAUAGAUGUCCAUUAUGGUCCACAGCGUCCCUCUGUGUCAGUGAGUCCCUCUGCUGAGAUAGUGGAGGGCAGUUCAGUGACUCUGACCUGUAGCAGUGAUGCUAACCCAGCAGCUAACUACACCUGGUACAAGGAGAAUGAAGACUCACCAAAAGCAUCAGGACAGAUCUUCACCAUCACUGAUGUUAGACCUGAACACAGUGGGGAUUAUUCCUGUGAAGCCCAGAACAGAAGAGGACGUAAGAGCUCCACCUUACAUCUGACUGUUGUAACAGGUACAUGGAAAUCAGUCAUCAGUGGAACAAUCACUGCUGUUAUCCUCAUUGUCGUUUGUCUCUCUGUCUUCCUACUGAUAAGAAAAAAGAGAACCUCCAAGCAAUUAGCCGAGCCUGGAGAUGGAUCAGACGACAGGGAACAGGUGAGCAAGGAGAACAAUUCUGUUCAGAGGAGCGGGAUGAACUUCACUACGCCAGUAUCCACUUCUCCCAGAGCCAGACAGACCCUGUCUACUGCAACAUCAGACCAGCUGGCGUCCGCAGACACGAGGACCAAGAAGAAGAAGAAGAAGACGACAGAGUGGAGUAUUCUGCUGUCAAAUUUAACAGUGCCAGUCCUCCGCCGAGAAACAGAGGUCAGGAAACGGGGGAGGAUCCAGCUGCAUGCUACAGUACAGUCAACAAAACUGCUGAACUUAACAGGAAACUCUAGUAUUUCCUUAUUCUUUUCGUGUCAUGCUAGCAGCCUCCACUUUGUUCCAGACUAAAAUGGCUCAACAACUUUGAUUUGAUUUAUUGAAUUGAAAAGCCUUUAUGACUUACGCAUGAAAAUACAUCAAAUACAAUCAGGAAAAAAACAGGAAAUCCAGGACUUAUUUCCAUUGUUGUCCUCAACACAUAAACAUCAGGACAGGACACUUACUCAAUGGAUUGCCGUACACUUUCACUGACAUUCAUGAUUAUCAGAGAGUUAUCCCCCAACUUUAACUGUAACUCUGAAUCCUGGCAAUAUACUGUAUAUACUGUACAUAGGUACAAUUUCUUUUCUUUGUUUGGUGUAAAUAAACACAUGUAGGACAUUGUUUGAAAUAUGAUAUAAAUACUUUAUGACACACCUGUAGCUAUGCAUGGACAUUAUUGUAUAUUGUAGUAGUGGAAAAAGGGAUAGGAUUAAACUUUUGUUUUUUCUGGACAUGUUUGAUAUUAAUGUUUUUGAUUAAUUUUGGAAUUAACAGACAUCAUAAUCCAAAGGAUAACAUGUUAAAGUGUGAACACUUAUUUCCAACAUGGUCCUUGGUGUUACAAAUAU